GUCAUAUGACAGCAAUGAGCUGGCGACUCCAGACCCGAAACUACUGGGAAAACUCUGUGGCUGCUCAGGAGAUCUCUCGCGCUAAGCCAGUCCUGAUCGCCGCCUCAUCCACCGGGAUGAACGUCCAGACGGUCCUCUCGGGUCACUGAACGGAAAGCUCCGGGACAUGACGCGCGGGGUGAUGAUUGAAGUCAAACGCUUCUCGGUGUUGCUGGUCGCUACCUGCUGCCUGUUCGGUGCCGUGUUCAGUCAGACUACGCUCGUUCCCGCGGUAACCAACGCCACUGAUCUCCCGACGGCCACACCCACCCCUGGCCUUCCCACAAUUCCUAGCACCACCUUUCCCAUGAUCCUCAGCACCACCUCUCCCAUGAUCCUCAGCACCACCUCUCCCGGCUGCACCGCCCUCAACACCUCCACCUGUGAGGCCUGCGUGCCUGGGUCCUACUCUGACAACGAGACCUUGCUGUGCUCAUGUUGUCCCGUGGGCGGGAUGUGUAUGUUUUCGGGGGCGUGUCUUCCCUGCCCGCAGGGAGCCUAUCAGCCGCUAGCAGCACAGCAGCACUGCGUCCCCUGUGAGCCAGGAUUCUACAGCAAUCUGACAGGUAGUCCCGUGUGUCAGUCAUGUCCUCUGGGCUUCUACAACAACGCCUCAGGAUCCACUACCUGCAGCAGCUGUUCCCCAGGCUUUUAUUCCUCUAGGCAGAAUGCCACAACAUGCAGUCCCUGUGCUCAAGGAACCUACUGCAACUCUUCCAGCUGUGCUCAGUGUAGUGUGUGUCCUGCUGGAGCUGAAGCCCUUCAGACCACUGCCAAGGACUGCACACCUUGUCGCCCAGGCAUGCACAAGCCUCAGUUUCAGCUCAUGUGUCAGAUCUGCAGCAGUGGCUUCUAUCAGAUCCGCUGGGGUCAAGCCAGCUGUGACGUUUGCCCAGAAAACCACUACUGCCCGAGCCCUGAUGUGAACCCUAUCCAGUGCCCCAAUGAUGCCUUCUGUCCUGAGGGCAGUACAGCUCCUGGUUACUGCAUGGAGACCUUCUUCCACAAAGUGGGAGAGACCUGUGAGCUAGCACCCGUCACUAUCGCCCUGCUCGUCAUCGGAGGAGGAGUGGCGCUGCUGUUUAUUGUGCUGCUGGUCCUGCGGCGGAAGCGAGACGUGGACGGUGAGCUCUCUCUCUCUCGCACGCCCCUGCUGCGGAAGGAACGCCCCCCCGGACGCUUCUACGGCCUGCCCUGUGACGCCGAACCCGUCUACGCUGGCUGGUGACCUGUGACCCCUGUGACCCCAAACCCGUCUACGCUGGCUGGUGACCUCUGACCCCUGUGACGCCAUCACCUCUGCACCCGAGACCUGAGCUUCUUCUCCUGUGCUUUCAGUGACUGAUACCUGCAGGAACACACACACACACACACACACACACACACACACAUGCACAGCCCUUGUUUUAUCAUACAUCAUCUCGUGAGGUACACCCCAUCUCUCUCUCUCUCACACACAUCCCCCCCCCCCCCCCGCUCCCCUCUGUUACACAAACCUGCAGGAGCCUUCCAUCUCUGUGACCUUCACACACACACACACACACACACACAUACACACACACACACACACACACACACACACACACACUAUGCCAUCUGUGUUUUGUCUUUGUCUGACUGCAGUUCUUUGAUGAGCAGAUUGUCCUGUCAGCUGAUUUAACUCUGAGGAUUCUGCACCUCUCGCAUUUGCACACACACACAUGCACGCACACACACACUCUCGCAUUUGCACACACACACAUGCGCGCAUACACACACUCUCGCAUUUGUGCACACACACAUGCGCGCACACACACACGUUCUUGCACUCUCCCUCACAGAUACGCGCCCACACCGACACACAGGAGCACGCACACACACACACACACACACACAGGAGCACACACACACACACACACACACACACACACUCACAGACUGGCCUCCUGUGUUGCUCUGGAGGAGCGGGGUGUAUUAUGUAGAUAUCACUGGUACUGAAAAGAAUUGUUAGCUGUUACGUUUCUUCUUUUGUUAAUUUGUUUGAUUGUUGCAGUUUUGCACUGGGCUUAACACAAAGCCAUGGCAACGCCUAACCACGCUUGUAUGUGCCAAAUGGAUAGUCUUGCCUCUGUUUUGGCGUUUUGUACUCGAGAGGCUCCCUGGUACUGUGCCUUGGGUCUUUCAACUUUUUAUAUGUUUAAAAUGUUGCUUCCCAAGAUAUCCUUUCUAUUAAAAGAAAUUUAACAUUA